GUUUUGAUGAUACAUUUUCAUGACAGCUUUCUAAUAAAAACAAACUUUUUCUGCUUAUACCAUAUAUAUAUAAUGCCCACAAGGCUAUAUUGUAAAACAAGGCGAGCACCUCAAAUAUCAGUCCUAUUCAGUGUUUGACAUUCCUUAAGCAGGAAAUUGAUUCCCACAGUUUCCUUGUAAUUAGUUGUGGAGAUUUAUGCCAUGAUAGUACAAAGUCAUUAAGAAUUU